ACGGGCAACACCAACCCCGGCAACUUUGCCAACCGACCCACGGAGGAGGUUCAAGAAAUUGCAGCCAAGGGCGGACACGCAAGCCACGCGGGCGGUUUCGCCAGCAUGGACGCCGAAAAGCUGCGCGAGGUUGCUUCCGAGGGCGGCAAGGCGUCUUCUGGCUCGUUUGAGCCCGGCUCAGAGAGUGCGCGCGAGGCUGGACGCAAGGGAGGUCUCGCGGGUGGAUCG